GCCAAGAUGGCGACUGCAAAGCCAUACUCCACGGACUCGCUCUCGUUCUGCCUCGCGCAGCUCACGGUGGCGGCCGGGGAGGGCUUGGGUGAGGGAAAGGACACGACUAUUAACGAGACACCCCUGGACCGUGCGCUCCUAGCCCUCCGCACGCGCCACGUCAAGGCGGCCGGGGGAAUCGAGCGCUUCCGGGCACGCGGCGGGCUCCGCCCCCUGCUUGUUCUGCUACGGCGAACGGCAGCCGCGGAGCCCGCCCCACCCCCGUCAAGCCCCGGCUCCGCCCCCUCAGCGGGUUCGAAUGGCUCCGCCCCUUCACCGGGCUCCGCCCCCUCCGCUGCUUCCUCCUCUAGGACUUGGCCUCCAGCGCGCCUGCGCAAGACGCUGGACUUGGCUCUCAGCAUCCUAGCCAACUGCUGCACCGAAGGGGCCUGCCGGGCCGAAGUGCGCAGGCUCGGAGGCAUCCUCUCUUUGGUUACCAUUCUUCGGUGUGUGAAGACAGACAGCAUCCAGAACCGAACAGCCCGAGCGCUGGGGAACUUGGCCAUGGAACCUGAGAGCUGCAGGGACAUCCACUCUGCUGGUGCUGUUCCUCUGCUCAUCAAGAGCCUGACAGCGUGCCAGGACUCGCAGUGCCUGCAGAGUGUGGUACGUGCCCUCCGCAACCUCGCGGACUCCCCCCAGCACCGCCUGGCCCUGGCCCAGCAGGGAGCCGUUCAGCCACUGGCUGAGCUCCUGGCCUCCACCCCAGACCCCGCACUGACCUUUGCCCUGGUCCGUGCCCUCCUGGAGCUGAGCCAAGGCUGCUCCCGGGCCUUUGCUGAGCAGCUGAGUCUGGGCGGGGGGCUCGGCCCACUGGUCAGCCUUGCCUCUCACCCCAAAGGGGCUGUGCGCGAGGCUACCAUCCUGACCCUCGCCAACGUGUGUGCCCAGGGCCUGGUGCGGCCUGCGCUAGGCAAUGCUGGUGGUGUGGAGGUGCUGCUCGGAGAGCUGCGGCGGCUCCGGGGCUCCAACGGAGCCAGCCCGGCCUCCCAGCAGCCCCUGGUGCGGGCCGUGUGUCUGCUCUGCAGGGAAGCCAUCAACCGGGCUCGGCUGCGGGACGCUGGUGGUCUGGAGCUGCUGAUGGGCCUGCUGCGCGACUCCCAGGCCAGAGCCUGGCACCCUGGUGUUGUGGCCGCCCUUGCGGGCUUCCUCUAUGACGCCGGGGCCCUGAGCCGGCUGCAGGCUUUGGGCCUCGUGCCCCUCCUGGCAGAGCAGCUCUGUGGCGAAGCUGGUGAAGAGGAAGAAGAGGGCAAAGAAGCUGCUUCCUGGGAUUUCCCUGAGGAGCGGAUCCCCGAGCGGGCAGAGCCUGGAAGUCUCCGAAGCCUCAGGUCAUGGCUCAUUUCCGAGGGCUACGCUGGAGGCCCCGGAGACAUCUCUGCCGACUGGUUCCCUGAGCACUGCCUGCCCCCAGAGUCCUCAGAGCCAUCCAGCCCGGUCCCAGGCGCAGCCUCACUGCAGUCCCCACGCACACUGUGCACCCCCAGACGCAGCUCGGCUGCCACCCCCGAAGAGCCCUGGGGACAAGAGGGCCCAGCACUGCUGCUGCUGUCACGCUUCUCCCAGGCUCCUGACCCAAGCGGGGCGCUUGUGACGGGGCCAGCACUGUGCGGCCUGCUAGCCUACGUGACCGGGGCACCUGGUCCACCAAACCCGCGCGCACUGCGCAUCCUGGCUCGCCUCACCUGCAACCCCGCCUGCCUGGAAGCCUUCGUGAGGAGCUAUGGCGCCGCGCUGCUGCGAGCCUGGCUGGUGCUCGGUGUCGCGCCCGAUGACUGGCCUGCCCCGCGGGCACGCCCUGCCAGCCACAGCCAGCACCGGGAACUAGGUGAGAUGCUGCUACAGAACCUGACCGUGCAAGCCGAGUCUCCCUUUGGAAUAGGGGCCCUGACCCACCUGCUGCUCUCAGGGAGCCCCGAAGACCGUGUGGCCUGUGCACUGACUUUGCCCUUCAUCUGCGGGAAACCCUCUCUGUUGCGCCGGCUACUUCUGGACCAGGGAGGCCUCCGUCUCCUCCUCGCAUCACUAACCCAGCCAGCCCCGCACCCCCUCUUCCUCUUCUUUGCUGCAGACUCUUUGUCCUGCCUCCAGAGCCUGAUGUCUCCCACUGUGGGCCCAGUCCUACCGUCUGCAGUUUCCAUGGACCUUGACCCACCUUCCCCUUGUCUCUAUGAACCUCUGCUGGGCCCAGCCCCGGCCCUGACCCCCGAUUUGCACUUCCUCCUGGACUCAGGCCUGCGGCUCCCCGCCCAGCGGGCUACCUCUUCUACCGCCUCCCCAUUCUUCCAGGCCCUGCUGGCUGGCAGCUUCAUUGAAGCGCAGAUGGACCUGGUACCACUUCGAGGCCUGUCACCAGGUGCUGCCUGGCCUGUGUUGCAUCACCUGCAUGGCUGCCGUGGCUGUGGCGCUUCCCUGAGGCCCGUACCCCCUGCAGGCCAGCCCCUGCUUGGCUCAGAGGCAGAGGAAGCACUGGAGGCUGCUAGCCGUUUCCUACUGCCCAGCCUCGAAGAGGAACUGGAAGAAGCUGUGGGCCAUGUCCACCUACAGCCCCAAGGAGGUCCAGAGUCAGUGGGUGAAGUGUUCCGCCUUGGCCGGCCCCGGCUAGCUGGAUACUGUGCCCGCUGGAUACUGGGGCCAGGACAGUGCCCACGGAAGCGAGCCCUGGCCCUAAUGGGGCUCGUGGAGGCAGCAGGCGAGGAGACAGGGCCCCUGACUGAGGCUUUACUGGCUGUGGUGAUGGGGGUUGAGGCAGGGGGCAAGGGGCCUUAUUGA